AUGCUCUGCUGCAGCCGCCGCCGCUACAACCACCGCUUUGUCUCCGCUAGUGCACACAGCCACAGCCACCUCGCGCACUCCCCGACGCCCCAAACCCCCGAGGCCUCCGCGGCGCAUUCCGCCAAUCAAAAAGCCGCUCCUCCUCCCGCCCCCGCCUUGAUGCCCCGCCUCCUGAUUGCCCUGGCGCGCCCUCCCCCCCUCCCCGGUCUGGUAGGGCGAAGGAGCGGGCGUGCGGUCGAUCGAGCGAUCGGUUGGCGGCUCUUUCUCCUGCUCUGGCAUCCAGCUCUUGGGGCGCAGGCCCGGCCGCCGCGGCGAGCGCCCGGUGGCCGUUGGCGCUCGCGCCGCGUCUUUCUUCUCGUACGCAGAACUCGGGCGGCGGCCUAUGCGUUUGCGAUUCGACGAGGAGUCGUCCGGGUGGUCGGCGGCGGCGGGCAGCUGCUCCGCCCCGCUCCCGGGGAGGCGGCGGGAUUUGGCGCGGCUGGGGAGGCGGGGGUGGCCGGGGCCGGCCUGGAGGCCUGGCGCCACCCUUCGGGGCCUGCAAGGACCCAGUUGGGGGGGCAAGAGGGGGCCGGAGGAUGGUUGGUGGUGGGCUUUCUACUUUGCCUUUUCCUCCUCAUGCCGCCUUAGUCAGGGGCGAGAGCUCUGGCGGCAGCUCCGGAGUGGGGAGACGAGCUCCGGAGUCGGAAGAGCUGGGUUUGCUUCCGGGCCUAGCCAUCAGCGGGCCGAGUGACCUUAGGCAAGUCACUCUGUAGUUUGCGCCUCAGUUUCCUCCUCUGCCUAUCAGUGUGUGUGGGAUUGAAAGCGCUUUGUAAACUAUAAAGCGUCGGGGUACAUAAAGGAUGAUUAUUGUUCGUGAUGUUUUUUGAGUUGUAAGAAAACUUAGCAAUUGCCCAAUCCUUGGAUUUUGAUCUUGAGAACCUUGGAUUGGAGUUGGAAAUCCCCAAACUCCCUGAAAUUGUAUGCAGAAAUUUUAUGGGAAUGUGCGUUUUAGGGAAUGACGAUCCAUCGCUAGUAAGUUUUCAAAAGAGGCUGUGACCCAGAAGAGUUAAUUACAAUUCCUCUAUGCCACAGGGAGGAAACUGAGGCCUAGAUGUCAUUUGGGACCCUUCACAACCAGUUUGAAGCCCCUGUUUGAGUCCCUGGGAUAUGUGAGCUGUUUCUAUGCAUAAUGGAUAUUCGGGGUAACAACACUCCCCUGCUUGGCUUCUAUUCUGAAUCCUUUCCUUUCACCAUAGGGUGCCUGACGGGUGACCGAUGCGUAUGGUACAAUGGCACCCUGUAUAAAGCAGCUACAAUUAGGAGUGAGUGUGUUCUCUAGUAUCAAAAAGCCUAUUUAAUCUUUGUCCCAGCAACUCUUUGUUUUCUGCUGCUUAUACCAGUGCCAGACUACCUUUCUGACCCUUUCAUCGACCAUUUUCCACGACUAUGGUUGCCAUCAGUUACUUGCUUCUACUUUGUGUCCCUACUCUGCGCGGUUGGUAGUGAACAGGCUUAUUUUUAAAUGGUGCUGCCAAGCCUAUGUAAUUAAUGGUGCACGUGGAUUUUUAGCAAGCGGGCUCACUGGAACAGACUGAACCGUGCAUGGAAUUCCUGGAGAUGUUUGGGUUUUUUUUGUUUUUUUAUUAAUUGAAGGAUAACAUUCUCUGAAAAGUUUUGUUAGAACUCCUCCUGAACCUCAAAAUCAGUAGAUUUGCAAGUGAUUCAAAGCUUAACUUUUUCCUAGCCUGCCUUGUAUUAUUAUUGCUUGUAAGUAUAAUACUAAAAUGGCCAAAAUGCCAGUUUUUUGCUUCUUUGUUAAUUGUCAGCUGCUUUCAUCAAAUUCCAGGCCAUUAUCCAGCAAACACUAUAAAAAUGUUUGAAUAGUUCGAUUUCAAACAUUUUCGUUUUGUGGAGUGGUGCUUACCAAGUGGUACAGCUCUAAGCAAGUGAACAUAAACACAUUUAAGUGUAUUUUGUCUGAUUAGAAGUUAGCCAGUUCUGCUGUUUCAUUCAGAUGUCUGGGGGAAAAAAAUUGACUAUUCUCUUUACCCAAAGGGCAGAGACAAAUAAUCUCACUUCCAGAGAAAUGACUGUUUGGGAGAAAAAUGUGUUGGUCUUUUAGCUCUUUCGUAAUUAACUCUGGAUGUACCUCAAAAGAAUCUUAAGACUGUAGUGAUAAGAUGAUUUCCUCAGGAGAAAGGAAGAAAAAGACAACUGGAACUCAAAGCUUGAAAUUCUUUGACAAAACAUGAGAUAUCCAGGAUUAGAGAUUGAAAACGUUUCACUACAGUUUUCUGCAAUAUUUGGAGCAAAUGUUUUUCAAUGUAGCCACAGCCAUGGACUUCAGAUUUCCAGAUUUUUAAGAAGUAGAACUGGAACCCAGAAGAGCUUGUCAGAAUGUGGCAGGAAAUCUGGAGGUAGAUUUUUUGGGGGGACUGUUGAUCUUGCUUUGCUGUGAGAAAAGAGGCAACAACUGAGCAAGCACUGCCACCAGCGCUGUUACUGGGAAUUAGAAGACCCAAGUUUCUGUUCAGACCCUCAGUGCAAACUGACAACACUUCAUGCAUAGUGAAUUACGUCCUGUGCCUCCUGAUUGCUGAGUGUUCACCCGGACCUUCUGAUCACCUUCCUUGUGCUGUUCCACCAGCCUGCAGAUUGGGUACCUGGAUUUUUGCCCAUGGUGAUCCCUACCACCUUACUACUGAAGAAGACACCAUUCCAGUGGACCACUGUGACCCAAGAGGCAUUCAGCCAUCAUGAUGUGGCCUUUACCUCCACUCCCAUCCUGUUCUGUCCAGGUUCAGCACAGCCCUUUGUACUGAAGUCAGUCCUCAAGCCAAAAAGCUGAAGCUAUUUCUUCACAACAGAGGCCCAGUUUGUUCCAUGAGUAUGCAUUUCAUUUUUUCAGUUAAACCCUUCAGAGACACAUAAUAAAUUUGGACCAGGGUAUUUUUAUUUAUCAACACUGUCUGAAGAAAGGCAACAUCUCUUUGAGAAUAGCAUUGGACCACACCCCACAAUCUCAGAUGACUGAAGUUCAUUAACUGUCUAGGAUCCUAUUAUGGUCACUGGACUCUGCUGUUUUUCUGUUUCAAAUCUAUAGUAGUCUACUGAAUGAGAAAGCAGAUAUUCUGACCCAUUGGGAUCAAAACAAAGACACGGUGAACUCCUCAUUGCAUCUUGUUUGGGAUUACUCAGGAACCAGAACUUUUCACACAAGUUUAAGAAAUUCAACCAAGGAACCGUUUUACCCAACAGCAUCUCACAAGGCUCCAAUCAGACUCCAGAAAAGACCUCUUGAUACAUCAAGCAUUUUGCGAACAACUUAUUCUUAGAUCAUUGGUUUUCCAAAGGCUUUGUGGCCAUGAAGCCCUUUGAAUGAAAACUAUGAGGAAGCCCAGAGUAAAAGUGAAGCUGCUCUGGAAGAAGCAGUGAAGCAGAAGUGGGUCCUGAAACCUGCUACAAGCAUCUUUCUUUACUACCAUGGUGACACCUAAGGGGACUUCUUGCAAUACCUAGAACUCUUCAGAACACAGUCUGGAAACCACUGCCCUAGACAGCAAUGUUUGACCUGAAUGGCAUUCUGAUCUUUUCUGUACUUCCACUCAACAUAGUCCAUGUUCAGUUAAUGCUGAACAGUCUUAGGAAUACUCACUGUGUACGAACUUAGGAAAGUGCAAGGAGAUGGGCAGGCCUUUGCCCCCCAGAAUAGUCGUAUGGGCUGAAAGUGGUGUGAUGAACAGCACUUCACCCCAGAUGGACUUCCAGUGAUUCCUGGAAUUGGAUACAACCAGAGAGCAAUUCAUAUGCACUCUACACUGACAAAUCCCUUAACCAACUUCUUUCACAACAUCAGUUCUAGUGGUACAUGAAGUACAUGACUUUGAAGUCUUCAUCCUCCUUGUAUACCAAAUUGCCAGCAAUCUGGUAUUGAGGCUGAUGCCCCUUUGAGGCCAUAUUAGACCAACUUGUACAUUUGACCUCUCAUCAUCAGCCAUGGUACUCUACUUCGUGUGCAAAGCAUAAGUAUUAACUAUGAAAGCAGAAUUCAAAUACUGGCAACAUUUCCUAAAGGGGCUUAAUACCUGGUUAUUCAUCUUUUCAAUCUACAAGUCAAUAUAUGAUUCACUCAGUGGAAGUUAUACUGCUUCUUAGUUUUUAUUCAGUUUAACUACUGUUUCCAGGAUAAAUGAGCUAAUAACCUUAAAAAAGAAGCUAAAACAGUUCCUCCAUCACUGACAUAUCUGCCUGUUCUCCAAAAUUAUGACUACUCAGCUCUAACUAGGUAUAAUAGCUGAUUCUCAAGAGACAGUCUUUGAACAUCCUUUUUCAUAUAUGUGAUUUAAAGUGUAGCAAUUUGAGAAAUUUUUUUCUACCCAGUGAAAGAUGUUCUUUUACUGUUGAGUCUUUUGAUGUCUGGUACCAUCAACUGUAAGUGAUAGGGAUAAAUGGAGGCAGGCCCUUUGACCAGACGAUGAUAGCUUACCUGCUGGGCAUUUCAAAUAGCAUAUUGUCUAUCUUUUUGCUGGAAAUUUAGACUGACUUGAAAAAAAAAAACUACGAAGACUACAGCUCAGGAUUUUUAUUAGACUCGAAAGUUUCUGUUCUUGUGGAUGUUUUUUGGAAUUACAUCUGUCUCAAUACUGUUGUUUUACACUGAUUCAGAGUGGCUGACUUCAUUCCUUGUCAUGAGAUACCCUCAGGCAUUAAGGCAAGUGAUCAGUUUCUGCAAGGAGACUUCAAUUUGUGUCAUGAGAAAAUCUCAUUUCUUUACUUCACAGUCAAUUUAAGGGCCAGCUAUCCUCAGCUACUCUAAUGAAUGCACUGAUUAAACAUUGGGAAUGGUUUCUUUAUAUCUCUUAUCCUCUAGACUAAUUGUGAUUAGAAAUCAUCAAGGCCUAAGUCUCAUUGCUCUAGGCUCACCCUCAACAAAAAAUCUGGAUGACCAACCUGCUUGUAUAUACAACUGUUAUUUGUAAAGAAGAAAUUAUCUACAAGCUCAACUUUCUACUACUUUCAAAUUGUCAGCUUUUUUCCCUCUGCUUUUUCUUGUACUUUACAGAAAAAGACAUUGACCUACACUGCCAGUCCUUCCCUCUAAUCCUGUCAUACUCAGACAAAUUGAGGGGUUUCAUAAAGAUGAGGAAGAUCAUCUGCUCCAGAGUGUAAUGUACGCUGUGUAUAAGAGUUGGUGAUUGGAAAAGCAAAAAGUCUAAAACAUAAACCUAGGAGCUUGCCUACUUUCUCACCUCAGAUUUCAUCUAAAUCUUUGAACAGCACCAUGCAACCAAUCUGAGGCCUUGACUUGGUUCUAAGAUGAUUCUCAGAGAUGGGCUGAGUUAUAGAAGAUGGAGACUUGAUUACCAAAGAAUGUAUGGCUAACUUUGACAAAUUUGGCCCGGCACCCCUGCUGCUCCCAGAUGUAGCAUAGACUCCUAAACAAAACGUUAAGUCUGGAUUGAGGAUAUGGCCUUCUGAACUUGAGCAGGAAAAUGAGAGCUGAUUUACGUCACUGGUACUUCAAGAUCAGAAAAUUUUAUCCAGAGUAAACCAUAUGUAUUAACUUUGGAGUACCCAAGGUAAAAACUAAUUUACAGAGCUUCAUUAUUAAUCUUCCUAUUCUUCCAUAUCAUAUCCUGGCUAAUGCUAUAGCUGGCCCUGCUGAAGGUACCCUGCUUGUCUGCUUACCUGACUCAGCUCCUGCCUGCCUUUUUUGACAUGCUGCAAUCAGAUUGACUGACUUUGAGAAGACUACAGCUGGUUUUGGCCUAUCUUGUGCCCAGUUGCACCAAGGAUUUUUGGACAGGAACAGCACACACCUCACCCCACUCAAUGUUCACAACAGGAAGGACCAUGCUAUACACUCCUUGGCCAGCAGCUUCUUUUUUUAGUGCAGAGUAAACUUCCAUGACUAUAUGUAUUUGAUCAUUUUUAGCACCUGGGACCUCUUCUGCUAGAUCUGGAAGGAAGACAGCAGAGCGAAAGCAGUAUCUGUUUCUCUCUUCUGCAUAAUACAGAGAUGAGUUUGAUUCACCAGUACUCACAAAAAUGUACUAGUUCAACUUGGCAGAAGACUUAAAAGGAACACAAGAAAAGUUUUCCAUUGAACUUAAAAUUUACCACUGACUUUAAAUAGCCUCCCAGAACUAUAUGCCAGUGGGAGACUAGUUGUCCUGCUUCACGUCAACAAGACAGGCUCUAAGACUCAUGACCACUGAGUUUGCUUGUGUCGAAACUCUGUGUUAUCAUCCAAAGUAUACCAUUGAACAUGAUUAUUAUUAGUCCAUUCAAGUGGACUACAGGCUUCCUGAGGACAGGACAAACAUCCCUCUUGUUUGUUCAAGAAUACUUUUAUUAUCAAGGAAGAAACAAUGCCAGCUAUUACUAUUCAACUUCAUGAGUAGAGAUUAAGCUUUUUCAGUAUCUGGUCUUAUCAUGGAUAUCAGCUGUUUUUGAUUGCCCAGCAUCCAUUCCAUCUCAUUGUAACAACUGUUACUUGGAACCACCUCUUCCUAUCUUUAGUCCAUGUGGUUUGGACAGUCUGACCCAACCUUGAGUUUCGUGGGUGGACAUAUAAUUCAGACCUCAUCAAUCAGCAGAGUCCAUCUCCUUAACCACAGUGUUUGGUUCAGGAAUGGUCAUGUGAUUCAUGUUGCUCCAGUGAAAAUCCUAGAAGUUUUACUGAACUAUGGAAGAGAAGAAGCUCUCUUUACUGAGGUGCUUUAGCUUUGCAAAAUGAAAAACUCAAACCAACAGGGCCUACCAUGUAAAAUGAGCCAGUUAAAGAAUGAAGCCACUGCAGAGGAAAGCAGAGCCAAAAGAUGGAGAGACUUGAGUCCUGAUGACAACAUGUGUGCCCCUGGAUCCAACCGUGCCUGAAGCUGGUAUAUCCCCUGGACUUUUCAGUUAUGUGAACCAAUAAAUACCCUUUUUUGCUUAAGUUACUUUGAGUUGGGUUUCUAUUCCUUGAAAUUGAGUCCUGACUAAUAUAGUAUCUACCAACAUUGAAAUUUGACAAAUUCAAGUAUUUAUUAAACUCUAGAGGUAAUGCCGCACUGAAAUUUUUUUUUUCAAAGUGGAAGACAAAACGAAACAGGAGCAAUAUUUAAGUUACUACAGAAGCAUAAAAAAUUACAUGGUAUUAAAUAAUAGAGUGUUUAAAUGUCCAUCAGUAAAGGACUGGUUAAAUAAGAUAUGGUUCAGCCAUAUAAGAAAAUCUGCUUAUUAAAGUGAAUAAAGUACAUUUAUUGUGUAUGAACAUGGAAAAAUGGCCAUGAUAUUAAGUGAAACAAACUAUUGAUAGAAAAGUGUAUAUAGUAUUAACUCGUUUAAAAAUAUGUGUAUUUAUGUUUAUAAAUGCAUAGAAAAGUCUAUUAAUGGCUUUCUUUGAACAGUGUAGAUUAUG